ACGCCCCGGCUGCGCAUGCGCCCCUCCCACGUGCUUCCAGGACGCCGCCUGCGGCGCCGCGGCCGGGCGGGCACCAUGCUGCGAGCUUCUGUCCUCCGGCGGCUGGGGCGUCCGGGAGCCAGUGCAGGAGCCCGGCUGCUGGAGUACUCCGGCCCACGCCACUACAGUUCGGGCCCUCUGGGUGCCCGCGACGAUGCUGGCGGCGCUCGCGCCUUCUUCACGACACCCAUUUUCUACGUGAACGCGGCGCCGCACAUCGGACACCUGUACUCCGCUCUGCUGGCGGACGCCCUGUGCCGCCACCGUCGCCUCCGAGUUCCCGGCGCUGCCGCCACGCGAUUCUCCACCGGUACGGACGAGCACGGCCUGAAGAUUCAGCAGGCAGCAGCCGCUGCGGGCCUGGCCCCCACCGAGCUGUGCGACCGAGUGUCUGCCCAGUUCCAGCAGCUUUUCCGGGCGGCCGGCAUCUCCUCCACCGACUUCAUCCGCACCACCGAAGCCCGGCAUCGGAUCGCUGUGCAGCACUUCUGGGGACUGCUGGAGGCCCGGGGUCUGCUCUACAAGGGGCUCUACGAAGGUUGGUAUUGCGCCUCCGAAGAGUGCUUCCUGCCUGAGGCCAAAGUCACCCGACAGCCGUCUUCGUCAGGCGGUUCGUGUCCUGUGUCUCUAGAGAGUGGGCACCCUGUGUCCUGGACCAAGGAAGAGAACUACAUUUUCAGGCUUUCUCAGUUCCGAGAGCCGCUUCAGCGGUGGCUGCGGGGCGACCCUCAGGCAAUCACACCCGAGCCAUUUCAUCGCGCAGUUCUUCAGUGGCUGGAGGAGGAGCUGCCGGACCUGUCUGUUUCUCGAAAGAGCAGCCACUUGCAUUGGGGCAUUCCUGUGCCCGGGGACGAUUCGCAGACCAUCUACGUAUGGCUGGAUGCCUUGGUCAACUACCUUACUGUAAUUGGCUACCCAAAUGCUGAGUUUAAAUCUUGGUGGCCCACCACCUCUCAUAUCAUAGGCAAGGACAUUCUUAAAUUCCAUGCUAUCUACUGGCCUGCCCUCCUCUUAGGGGCCGGCAUGAGCCCACCACACCGCAUCUAUGUCCACUCUCACUGGACGGUCUGUGGCCAAAAGAUGUCUAAAAGCUUGGGUAACGUGGUGGACCCCAGGACUUGCCUUGAUCGCUACACUGUGGAUGGUUUCCGAUACUUUCUUCUUAGGCAGGGCGUCCCCAACUGGGACUGUGAUUACUAUGAUGAAAAGGUGGUUAAGUUGCUAGAUUCUGAGCUGGCAGAUGCUUUGGGAGGUCUCCUGAACCGGUGCACGGCCCAAAGAAUAAAUCCUUCUGGGACCUAUCCGGUUUUCUGCACGGCCUGCUUUCCCAGUGAGGCAGGGUUGGUGGGGCCAUCAGUUCGUGCUCAGGCAGAGGACUAUGCUUUGGUGAAUGCAGUGGCCACUUUGCCCCGGCAGGUAGCUGAGCACUAUGAGAACUUUCAGAUCUAUAAGGCUCUGGAGGCAGUGUCCAGCUGUGUCCGGCAAACUAAUGGCUUUGUCCAAAGGCAUGCACCAUGGAAGUUGAGCUGGGAGAGCCCAGUGGAUGCCCCCUGGCUGGGUACUGUGCUUCAUGUGGCUUUGGAAUGUUUGCGGGUCUUUGGAACGUUGCUGCAGCCUGUCACCCCAAGCCUGGCUGAUAAGCUGCUAUCCAGGUUGGGAGUCUCUGCCACAGAGAGGGGCCUUGGAGAGCUCUGUUUCUUGCCUCGAUUUUAUGGACAUCCAUGUCCUUUUGAAGGGAGGAGGCUGGGACCUGAAACUGGGCUCUUAUUUCCAAGACUAGACCAGUCCAGGGCCUGGCUGGUAAAAGCCCAUAGGACCUAGAAACUUAGUUCUAACUGGCCUGUGGUAAAAAAGCCAAUGUGUUGUUUUCUUAUUUUGCAUUUUCAGGAAAGUUAUACUAAUGUUUUCUGAAGUGCUGCAUCAUAUGAGCACAUAAACAAUGUCCCUGUGGAAAGAGAUUUGUUGCCUUUCAGGUGCCUACGCCCUACUCUUCUGUUCUCUGUGCCCAUUAACCACUAUCCUUUGUACACCAGUGUCUGUAAGAUGUCUCCAGGGUAAAGAUGGGUAAGAGAAAACUUUGCAGAUACUGUUCCUUCUCAUUGUGCCUCCUUCCAAGCCACAGUUAAUGUUAUUUGCCCAGACUACCUCUUAGGGCUUUUCAUUAGUCUGGCUUCUGCUGGGCAAAUUAGUGAAGAGUGGGGGUUGGAGGCCCCUACCUCAGCUUUUAGUAGUCCGACUUUGUUAUAUAUGUUGGGUUUCCUAUUAGAAAGAUUCUUUCUUAAACAUUUAAAAACCAGUAUCCUAGACGAGGUGGUUUUUGCCCUUAUUUAUAUUUUCAGUUCUUACAACUGUAACUCUGUACUUUGUUAGUUAAUAGUCUAAUAGUUGUGCUUUGUAACAUUACACUUCAGCCAGUAGAUGUCCCUAAUGUCUCAAUAUUUAAUUACUUGACAUUUCAUUUCAGAAUAUUGACAUUUCAGAAUAUUUAGAAAAAAUUAGUUUCUGCUUUCUGAUUAUGCAGAAUUUAAACUUAGGGAAAAAUUUUAUUGCUUUUCUUAAAAUAAGGGAUAACUGUAGCCACUAGUUUCACCUAAAACAAUAAAAAAAGAUCAGAAUCCUGUUUUGUUCAAACUAAUGAAAAAGGACUUUUACUCUAUUAAAUGUUUAGGAAGCAAUUAAGUAAAUGUAUCAAAUUUGUUUGGACCAUCUGUUAUAAAUUCUAAAGCUCUCGAGGUAGUUGGUAUGUUAAAAAUUUUAAACUUUAAUAACAUUAGGUUUACAGAUAACGAUUAAAAAAUCUGUAAAUGGUUCAAAAUAGUUACAUUUUCUUUUUAUUUCUUAGUCAUAAUUUUGUCACCACAUAGAUAAUUUACCUAUGAUUUCUUUUGGUCAAUGAGAAUCUAUAAUACAAUAUAGACAUUGUGUAAGUAGUUUUAAAUGUUAAUACAUUUACUUUCAAGUACUUUUUUUACUGAUUAUUUCUUUUGGUUUCAUAAGUUAUUAAAGCUUAAAAAUUUGUGAGUACCUUA